AGUAGGAAGAUGGCGGCGGCCCCGCUGUACUGUGUCUGCCGGCAGCCCUACGAUGUAAGCCGGUUUAUGAUCGAAUGCGACAUCUGUAAAGACUGGUUCCACGGCAGCUGUGUGCAAGUAGAGGAGCAUCAUGCAGUGGAUAUUGAUGUUUACCACUGUCCCAACUGUGACGUUGUACAUGGACCCUCCCUGAUGAAAAAACGCAACAACUGGCAUAGGCACGACUACACUGAGCCAGACGAUGGAACCAAGCCAGUGCAGGCUGGCACCCCAGUGUUUAUCAAGGAGCUCCAGAACAGGACCUUUGCCAGUGGGGAGGAGAUCCUAAUGCGGAUGAAGGGUGAGCAGGUGACACCCAGGUACCUGGAAAGGCACGGCUUCAGCUAUCCCAUAGCCGUCACUGAGAUGGAAGGCCUGGGACUCAAACUACCACCCACUACCUUCUCUGUCAAAGAUGUGGAGCAGUAUGUGGGUGGUGACAAGAUCAUCGACGUGAUAGACGUGGCACGGCAGGCGGACAGCAAGAUGAAGCUCAGCGAGUUUGUCAAGUAUUUCUGCAAGCCCCAUCGACCCAAAGUCCUCAACCUCAUCAGCCUGGAGUUCUCUGACACUAAGAUGUCAGAACUGGUGGUGGUUCCUGACGUAGCUCAGAAAAUGUCCUGGGUGGAGAACUACUGGCCGGAUGACUCCUUCUUCCCCAAGCCCUUUGUCCAGAAGUACUGCCUGAUGGGGGUCAAGGACAGCUACACUGAUUUUCACAUAGAUUUUGGAGGCACCUCUGUCUGGUACCACGUUCUCUGGGGUGAGAAGAUCUUCUACUUGAUCAAGCCCACUCCUGCCAACCUUGCACUAUAUGAGGCAUGGAGCUCCUCGCCCAAUCAGAGCGAGGUGUUCUUUGGGAACAAGGUGGACAAGUGUUACAAGUGUGUCGUGCCCCAAGGAACCACCCUGCUCAUCCCUACAGGAUGGAUCCAUGCCGUUCUCACCUCUCAGGAUUGCAUGGCGUUUGGAGGGAACUUCCUCCACAACCUCAAUAUUGGCAUGCAGCUCAGGUGUUAUGAAAUGGAGCGUCGUCUAAAAACGCCAGACCUCUUCAAGUUCCCAUACUUUGAGGCCAUCUGUUGGUAUGUGGCCAAAAACCUCCUGGAAACCCUAAAAGAGCUACGAGAGGACAACUGUCCGCCUCCAACCUACCUAGUGGAGGGAGUGAAGGCUUUAAUCAGUGCACUGAAGACCUGGCUGAAAAGAGAGGUGACUGAGCCCACCAGUGAGGUACCGGACCAUAUCAGGCCCAACCAUCUCAUUAAAGAGUUGACCAAGGAAAUCCGCUACCUGGAGGAGGAGACGGGCAGCAGUUGCAAGCCAGUGAAAUCUCAGGGAAGUGGGUGUGGAGUAGGAUCUGGAACAAAUGGGUGCCCGGCCACCCGCUCUACCCUGGAGCGACUGUGCCAGGCACGGCGAGCGAGGAGGGCAGCCAGACGGCUGAGGGAGCAGCAGCGACAGGCCCCCAAGGUACCCUCCAACUUGGACAUUUUGGAGCAGCACACCAGGGAGGUGUUGAAGAGGCUGGAAGUGGGGCCCCUGGAGGAGGACCCGGCAUUCUGUGCCAAGGUUCAUGGGAAGCUGAACAAGGUGUCAACUGCAUCAGCGGCUGCUGCUGCAGAGUGUCUCGAAGACAACCACCUGCGGCUAAUGCUGGUCAACGGCAGAAUCAUCCGAGACGUGAGGCGGCCAGGCACGGGGAGCAGUCCGGUAAAGACGGAGGGUGAAAGGUCGUCAUCUGGCCAAGGCCCACCAAAGAGUUGUGUGGAUGUGAAGACAGAGAGGACACAGACCAGCCAGGAGCAACACAGCACUGUAGAGAAGCCCACACUGCUCAGGGGUCUGGAGAGGGUGAAGACUGAACUCAGGGAAGAAGCCUCAGGACACUCCAGUGUGUCAGACGUAGAGUCAGACAGUGACUCUCCUGCAGAGCGUAAAGCGUCAUCAUCGUCGUGCUCUUCAGAGGAGGAUUCAGAGAGUUCUCAGGAGGAGGAAGAAGAGGAGGAGGGGGGCUCAUCUCAGCAGAGAGGCUCAGGGCACACCAUAGAGCUGGACCAGUCUGGCCAGAAACUCAGGCACAAACACAAACCACUCAAACGAGAACGUCCUACCUCACCCAGCACAGAAGAGGCCAUUCAGGGGAUGCUGUCCAUGGCUGGCCUGCUGUGCCCCUCCAAGCCAGAGAAGGGAGCCUCCUCUCAGGAGCCCUGGUGGUCCAGUCCUGGCCAGCGCUCGCCGCCAGAGCCGAGGGAGCCGGCACAGCACCAGCGCCGCCUCCAGGGGGACAAGAGCCCCAUGGACAGCCAAGGCAACAGCAGCAGCGAGGCCUGGGACAAUCAGGGGCUUCCCAGCCCUCUCAACCGAUGCCACAACACCAGCCCAGAGACGGACUACCAGUACUGUGACCCCUCAAUGUCUCCCCCGCUGCACCCCUCCAAGAGACAUGCACCCAACCCCCCACCUAUCAGCAAUCAGGCCACAAAAGGCAAGCGGCCCAAAAAAGGGAUGGCCACUGCCAAGCAGAGACUGGGGAAGAUCCUGAAGCUCAACAGACACAGUCGGGUCUUUGUGUAGCACUCCAAAACAUCACAGGCAAAUGUGUGUGCGAGUGUGUGUGUGUGUGUGUGUGUGUGUGUGUGUGUGUGUGUGUGUGUUUGUUGAGGGGGGAGUGGAUGCUAAAUGGGCACAAGCCCCUAUUCGGAAAACAUCUGUACAUUUGUUUCCAGACACUUUGUGCUGUAGAAAGAGAGAGCACUGCCUGGAGACGACCCUAACUGAAAGACUCUCGACACGCUAAACACACUCACUGUGCAUGCUUAGGAGACAGGGUAUUGGAUUCACAAUAAGUGAGUGCACGGCUUCACUACAAGCACACUAAAAAAAACAACAACAACAACAAACAAAACAGAAGGGAGCUAGAAGAGGUGACGAAGAUGAGCAUGAUAUGAACUUUUCUGCCGCUGGGGAACUUGGACUGAAGCUCCUGCGUGCAUUCAGAUGGGCUAAGGAGAUGUAGCAGGUGUACCAGACGUCAACAACUAUGCUUGCUUAGCCAGGGAGACGGCAACACAUCUACUGCUUUUGAUGCCAAAACAUCUGCAUCACAUUUACUAAAUAGUCCCUCCAUUUAAAGCAUCCCCCCCACCACCAGCCCCACUUCCUCUAUGGCAAUGCCACAGCAAACUGAACAGGGUGCAGCAACGGAGGCUGGUUUGCAGGAGUUGGACACGUUUGUAUAGAAGCAGCUGGCUCUCUGAAUGGUGUCUGUAUCUCCAGGAGGGUCCUCUUCUGGCCCCCGGGGGGAAAAAACGGAGGUGCUAAGGAGGAGGAGAUGAACUGAAAUUUCAAAAUGGUGCUUAUUGUUUGUACUUUUUUCCACUCAUUCUUUCCCCUUCCACCAACCUAUCCCACCCACCCACUCCCUUUAUCUCAAUCACACCAGCAAUAAUGACUUGGAGGAGAGAGGAAAGAGAGAGAGAGGCAGCACUUUGGUGCAUUCUUCCCUCACUCUUAUGUUUUACCUAAUAAUUUUGUGGACGAAUUCCAUUGUUGCAGGCCUCAAUUAAUGGCAUUUUGAUCGAUGUUCUUCCACAUUGCUAUGUUGCACAAUUCAGUGCAUAAAUACAGUAUACUCUCAGAUCUGCACUAUAUUAUGUAAUUAAGUGAGGGGCUCUCUUGCUGACCACCUCUGGCCAAAGGGAAGUCAACUGUCAAAGUGCUGCCUCUCAGUGAAAUUUGUUUAGAAUAGGAAUAUGAGAGUCGUUCACUUUGUCAAAAAACAAACAAACAAAAAAAAAAAACACAAACGAUGGUGAGAAAACGACUCACAUGAUAUCCUGCUUAAUUUAUUUCUUGUUAUAUCUGUGAUGUUGAUUUUUUUCAAUGUGUUAUUUUUUAUGGAUUCUGAAUGAUGUAUUUAUUAAUUGAAAGAGAUGAAUAAUGAUUUUAUUAUAUUUUGACCCUAAACCUUGGCUAUUCUGAGGACUUUCCUUAAUAGGGGUGUCUCUUUUUUUAUCUUUAACACAUACUUAUUGUAAAUGUGGAUGUUUUAGACUUCAUGUGAUCAUCUAUUGUAGCAAUUUGCCUACAAAUCUUUUCUUAUCUUCUAUUCUGUCAUAACUCUUUACCCCCAACCCCAGUUGAGUAGAUCCUGUGUUGCUUCUUGUCUGUUCCGGUUUCCUCUUCUCCCUGUAGCCAGAGGGUUUGGGCUAUGUGCGAAUAGAGAAUAGGUUAGGUUGCGCAUUUUGAAUUCUGAGAAAUGUCAACUUCUGUAUCUACACCAGAGCUCUUUCAUCUAGUGCCACUUUUAAUUUAGCAAAAAAAAAAAAAAAGUAUUCUGAGCCACUGUGGUUUAUCCAAAGUAGUCAUUGUAAUCAGAAGAAAUGAACGUUUGAAGAACUUCAAUGGGAUGA